GGAAUCUUCUUCAUUCUCUUCUGAGCUGCAGACGGACCCACACAUCCCAUACAGCGAUGGAUCGACCAGACUCUCUGAGUAAGGAGCUGUGAGGAUCGCUGCGAGGAGCCGGAGGGUCGAGCAAGCAUCACUCACAGUGAGAAAUAGCAGGGGAGAGAGAGAGAGAGAGAGAGAGAGUGGUUGGAGAUACGGUGAUCUGAACCCCCUCUGAUUGGGAUUGUACAGAUUUUGGAGAAACCCCUUUCUGCGAUCAUGUUGGGGCGCUACGCUGUGCCCAUGUUGGCGCUGGUCCUGGCAGUUCUGCUGCUGUUCGGGGUGGGUGUGUCUCGGGGACAGAACGACACCGAGCCCGUGGUGCUGGAGGGCAAAUGUUUGGUGGUGUGCGACUCGAACCCCUCCUCGGACGGGGGCGUCACGUCGGCGCUGGGGAUCUCGGUUCGCUCAGGUAGCGCCAGGGUGGCGUUUUCUGCCAUCAGAGGAACCAACCACGAACCCUCCGACAUGAGCAACACCUCCACCACCAUCUACUUCGACCAGGUUUUGGUGAACAUCGGCAACCACUUUGAUCUGAAGGCCAGUGUGUUCACGGCACCCCGGAGAGGAAUUUACAGCUUUAGCUUCCACGUGGUCAAGGUCUACAACAGACAAACCAUCCAGGUGAACCUGAUGCACAACGAGUACCCCAUCAUCUCGGCCUUCGCCGGGGACCAGGACGUGACGCGGGAGGCGGCGAGCAACGGCGUGCUGCUGAUGGUGGAGCGGGAGGAUCGCGUCUAUCUCAAGCUGGAGCGCGGGAACCUGAUGGGCGGAUGGAAGUACUCCACCUUCUCUGGAUUUUUAGUCUUUCCUCUGUGAACUCGCUCCUGACUGUCUGAUGAGCGCCGAGGAUGAAUAUUUAUACUAUAUAUAUAUUAAUAUACGUACAUAUUAAAUGCAGAUAUACUUAUAUAACCUGGACGAUCCUGAGGAGACGGAGGACGAGAAUCAUGAUGGAUUUAUCGCCGGAGAGAGAGUUUAUGUUUCUGUCCUGAACCUGGAUGUCCAUAUUAUACAGAUUUAAAAAUAAAUAAAUAAUGAAGCGGAACCUGGACUGCGUUCCUUCGUUUGCUUUGCGUUGUGUGUGUAGAGCCUCACGAUGAGCGUCGGACCUUUACGAACUCUUUCGGAAGGUGUUUGUCUGUGGUGUUCACAAUGUUUCCCUCCGGAUUCCGGACAUGUCUGCCCGGCGCACGCCACCUCCACCACGCCUUGAUUACUAAACGAGAAAAACACGAUAUAUAAACUAUAGAGCUGAAUCAGCGGACGAGGACGAGCCGAAGCUUUAACCGAGCAUCUAUCAGAAUUUAUGAAGUACCUAUUAUUCCCAUGCUGUGUUCGACGUUCCGGAUCUGCGUUAACUUUGAUUGAUUUGGUGUUCCUUGCUCACAAAUGUGCAUUGUGGAAAAAUAAAUCCCUAUACUGAUGUCCCGCCUAAUAAAAUAUU